GGAAGCGGAAAGCAGCAGCGCGGCGGCGGCGGGGCUCUGCCUGUACGGGAGCCCAGCGCAGGCCGCAGAACCGGGGCCGCUGUGAGCCGAGACCGCGGGCCGCGAAGUACGCACGGCCGGCGCGGAGAAUUUGUUCCUGUUGAAGAGUGGCACCUUGGUUCCCAGACCCAUUGAGGUUUUAGGAGUCUAGUAGGUGAAAUUCUCCAUCUCUAAGGAGAAACAAUACCUGCUCCUCAUCAAGAGCAAGCCCUCCAUUGCUAUGGAUACCGAAUCCACAUAUUCUGGAUAUUCUUACUAUUCAAGUCAUUCGAAAAAAUCUCACAGACAAGGGGAAAGAAAUAGAGAGAGACACAAAUCACCCCGGAAUAAAGAUGGCAGAGGGUCAGAAAAAUCUGUCACCAUUCAAGCUCCUACUGGAGAGCCCCUGUUGGCUAAUGAUUCUACUCGGACAGAGGAAGUUCAGGAUGACAACUGGGGAGAGACCACCACGGCCAUCACAGGCACCUCAGAGCACAGCAUCUCACAGGAGGACAUUGCCAGGAUCAGCAAGGACCUGGAGGACAGUGUGGGACUGGACUGCAAGCGUUACCUGGGUCUCACUGUCGCCUUGGUCCUUGGCCUUCUAGUGUUCCUCACGCCCAUUGCCUUCAUCCUGUUGCCUCCCAUCCUGUGGAGGGAGGAGCUAGAGCCCUGUGGCACCAUCUGUGAGGGACUGUUUAUCUCUGUGGCAUUCAAACUCCUCAUUCUGCUCAUCGGGACCUGGGCACUCUUUUUCCGCAAGCAACGAGCCGAUGUGCCGCGGGUAUUUGUGUUCCGUGCCCUUUUGCUGGUGCUCAUCUUUCUUUUUGUGGUUUCCUAUUGGCUUUUUUACGGGGUCCGCAUUUUAGACUCUCGGGACCGAAAUUACCAGGGCAUUGUGCAAUACGCGGUCUCGCUAGUGGACGCCCUCCUCUUCAUCCAUUACCUGGCCAUUGUCCUGCUGGAGCUCCGACAGCUGCAGCCCAUGUUCACACUGCAGGUGGUCCGCUCCACUGACGGCGAGUCCCGCUUCUACAGCUUGGGCCACCUGAGUAUCCAGCGAGCAGCACUGGUGGUUCUGGAAAAUUACUAUAAAGAUUUCACCAUCUAUAACCCAAACCUCCUAACAGCCUCCAAAUUCCGAGCAGCCAAGCACAUGGCCGGGCUGAAAGUCUACAACGUAGAUGGUCCCAGUAACAAUGCCACUGGUCAGUCCCGGGCAAUGAUCGCUGCAGCUGCUCGGCGAAGGGACUCCAGCCACAACGAGUUGUAUUAUGAAGAGGCAGAACAUGAACGGCGGGUGAAGAAGCGGAGAGCGAGGCUGGUGGUUGCAGUGGAAGAGGCCUUCAUCCACAUCCAGCGUCUCCAGGCCGAGGAGCAGCAGAAAGCCCCGGGGGAGGUGAUGGAGCCCCGGGAGGCCGCGCAGGCCAUCUUCCCCUCCAUGGCCCGGGCUCUGCAGAAGUACCUGCGCACCACGCGACAGCAGCAUUACCACAGCAUGGAGAGCAUCCUGCAGCACCUGGCCUUCUGCAUCACCAACAGCAUGACGCCGAAGGCCUUCCUAGAGCGUUACCUCAGCGCGGGCCCCACUCUGCAGUAUGACAAGGAGCGCUGGCUCUCGCUGCAGUGGAGUCUCGUGAGUGAUGAGGCUGUGACUAACGGACUGCGGGAUGGAAUCGUUUUUGUACUUAAAUGCUUGGACUUCAGCCUUGUAGUCAAUGUGAAGAAAAUUCCAUUCAUCGUACUCUCUGAAGAGUUCAUAGACCCCAAAUCUCACAAAUUCAUCUUUCGCUUACAGUCUGAGACAUCAGUUUAAAAGUUCUAUAUUUGUGGCUUUAUUAAAAAAAAGAAUAUAUAAAUAUAUAUAUAUAUAUAUGUAUACCAGAAGGGCAUCAUUUUUUUAUUCUUCUUCAUUGCUGACUGAAGCUGGCAGAUGACAGACCAGUAUCCUUCAACCGUCUGCACUUUAUUUGGAAGGAAGCAGGGGAUGUCCACCCUGGAGAAAAGGGACUGACGGCAUCUAUCUGGCUUUUGUGGAUGGGACUUCUCAAGAAGCCUUUCCUGGGUGUUUGUAUGACAGCUGUAAACCAAAGCGGAGCUGGCGGUUCUCGGGAGCCUCGCCUUACAGCAGUAGUCCCUGCCUUUUGUCCAGCACCACGCCCUCCUGUUGCUUCUGCUCAGCCCACUCAUAGACUUCUAGGGAGAUAUAUAUCUUCAUUCUGUUUUAGGAAACCAGACACAACACAUCCACGUAUGUGUUUGUGUAUGUGAAUGUCCAGGACCGUAUCACCCACGGGAGCCACGGGCUGUUCAGGAAAUGCCUGCCUUCAUCUUUGUUCUCUGUUGCCUUAGGUUCUGCACAGAAAGAUCACAACAAAAAUGUGCAUUAUCAGUUUACAUCUCUUAAUGAUUUUUUUUUUUCCCAAAGAGAAAACCUGACUGCCCUGUUUAUGACCCUGCUUCCUUGAACAGGAAGCCCUUGAUUCCUAGCCCUGUGAUUGCCCACCCAUCUCACUCCAUCCCCGCCUCCCCUGCACAUACCACACCCCCACCUGGCUGGUAGGCCUGGCCAGGGAAGCCCAGCCCUCCGAGCUGCCUGAGGCCUGCCUCUCCACUGGUGCCCUUGGUUGGGCUCUGUGCACAGCUUCAUGUGGGUCCCCCGGAUUGUUUGUACAGGGAGAGCAGGCUGGCUAGGGUCCCCUUUUAGGCCUCCCCUUUCAGUUUCUCCUCUGCUUGGAAGGACGGGGGAAGACUGACACUGUGACAGCGGGGCUGGCAGGUUCAGCUUGCAGCCUCUAACUUCCCAGGGACAGUUCUCACAAAGCUGCGUAGCAGGCUGCCCUACUAAGGGAGACCAAACAGUGCCCACUCCAGUGACAACUGCUGCUGUCCAUUCUGAUUUCUGACCACCAUCACUGUGCAACUCUACCACUUAACUACCAGAGAAGGGGCUGGUUUGACCUCUGCUGCUGAAAUUGCUUGUAGUUGGUGAAGUGCGGAGAAGGAAUGGUCCAGCUGCAAAACUUGGGGAAGGGUAGGGAGCCGGUCUGAUGGUACAGAACGAUGCUUCUGGGAUCUGUUUCUUAAGUGCAGCCAGUUUCUGGGGGCUUCCCCUGGCUGGGGAGCAGAGGUGGCCAAGCUGCUGGUGGAGCACCCGUCCCGGUGGAAGUGUGCUGUGGGGCGCUCCUCACGGGGCCAUGUGGAUGCCUUGUGGUAUGCUGUCCACCCCUCCACUUGCCCUUCUGUAUCCACCACAAACCUUUACAAAGGAUUCACUCUUGCUCUUCCCAGGUAUUUAGGGUACUCUGUUACCUUGCUGUAGUAAAGGAUGACUCUGUCAGAAUGCUCUGUGUGUGUGUAUGCAUGGGUACCCAUCCACCAGUGGUGCAGUAUUUGUGUAUCAUUUUUGUAAAUUACAGCUGGAUUUGGAUAUUUGUAAUAUACUUGUACCUGAAAAAGUAAACAGCAGUCUUGAAUCAACAAUCUUCAACUCAAAAAGUUGUGCUGGAAAAGAAGGAAAGAGAAUCCAGGCAGUGUGAUGUGGAGCUAAGAUGCAGGUUGAACUAUGCGGUCCUGUUUAUGAAAACCACACACUGUGUAACCAUGGUGCUUUUGUCUGCUUUCUUUUUGCCUCUGGGUCCCUUCAAACUGGAUGUUCCUUAUGAUAUCUUUCUCAGGAAAUAUAUUUUGGGAGAUGGGGCAAGGGAUGGUGAAUGUGUAUGAGACUUGGGACGUGUAAAGAUUAUAAUAUCCCAGACCAAAUGUGUCCGAGGCCCCUGCACAGUAGCACAGCAGGUGGAGUGCCAUACACAGUUCACGUUGUUCAUUCAUAGAACGAGUAGUUCAUCUACACUGUUUGUCGGCAUUUGGAAAUACUGUGCUUCCAGCACUAUCUUAGAUGACCAGCCUGGAAGGGGUUAAGUUAGACUCAUUUGGUGCAUGCAUUCCCAGCAGAUUGAAAAGAGGCUUAAAUUAAGGAAUUUGUUUUCUUUCUACCCCUUUUUGUCUCUUCUAGUCUCUGCAUAGGAGAAUGUCAGAUUUUUUGAAAUUAUUGUUUCUGUUUUAAAUUGAAUAUUGAUUUUUUUACACUGACUUUGUAUUGAGUCCUUUUUGAAAGAAUAACAAAAUAAAGUGCAGGAUCUUUGUAUAAAGCCUUCGUACUUUCAAACUCUUAAUAGCUCGAGUUAACUGGUGCAGUGGGAACAAUGUAAAUGGCUUUAAAAAAUUUAAGGUUCAGAAAGCUCUGUCACACAAUUGAACACAAUGUGUUUUUAUUUCAGUUCUUGGAACCAAUAAGCUUUCUUUUUAAAAGGGGUAAACUGUGCCCUAGGGCUUGGUGAGUAUAUGACACAUUGACAUUAGAGGAGACAGGAUUUCAUUUGUCUUUAAUGUUUAUAGAUUUUCUGUAACUUUCAACCCAAGUUAUAAAAAUGUGAACGUUAAGUUUUAAAGAGUAGAAGACCUUAAUGAGAAAUGCAUGGCUGAGAUCACUCUUUCCUGGUGAUGUUUUAAUCAGCAGAUGACUUUUGUUCUUAAGUGUGUACUUUUGAAGAUAAUGACAACUUUUAAUCAUCCUUGAACUAAAUGUUAAGAAGUCGACAUUCUUAGGGUUGGAAGGGAUUAGAAGGUUUUAUAGUUCAUACAUCCUUUGUGUGAUCAGUUAAGUCAAAACCUGUAGUACUUUUGCUAAAAUUCACAAGGUGUAAGCCCUAGAGAAAACAACCAGUUUUUGGCCCAGCUAUCACUGUCUCCCUUUCUCCCUCUGUCCUUCCUUUCCAAAUCUCUGGACAGGACCCAUCUGUACAGCAGAUGGGGAGAGGUGGGUGGCCUGUGUGUGAGUGAUGGGGCUCCUUGUUGGAGCUUGGAGCCCUUCUCCAUGGGGUGGCCGCGGCUCUGCUGGGUGUACAGGAUGGGCACGAGGUGUCCCCCACCCCAACCACUGGGUGGUAUUCCACUCUCACCUUCGUGUCUCAUCUUUGUUUUGAGUGCCUUUGUUUAGAUACUGCUACAGCUCCGUGGCAAGCCACAGGCCUGCUGGGCUGACAGAAAGUGAUCACCCUGCACAUCCUCCCUCACUCCCCACACCUUUAAGAGUGAGUGCCCAUUGGGCCCUUGGUUUACUCUCUCCUAGCUGUGCCCUGCUACCUAAGGCUUCCUAAACGGGAUGCAUAUUUGUUUCUGGAUUUGUGUUUCUGUACCUGUGAGCAUUCCUCUGAGUGUAAUUACCAGAUGGACAACAUGUUUGUAUGCUAGACAUCUGACCUCUGUGUUAUCUGUAGCUGAUGGGCAUGUGGCCCAGCAGAUGACGGCUUCGGUAUGUGUUUCCAUGGGUGAGUGGGUGUCUGUUUCUAUGUAUGUCCUAUAUUGGAGAGAUUUCCUAACCUAGCACCCAUCUUUUGGGAGGUUACUCUAAAGCCAGUUAUUUUUCCCUCCCCUUCUUCAUUCCUCUCGCUCAGUUACACUGGCUUUUCCCCAGGAGUAAAUGGCUUUUAGCACAGAAGUGGUCUGGAGAGCUUGCUGUCCUGCAGACAAGUCCAUCAGACCCUUUCUUGCAUCGAGACCCUAGGACCCCAAAACAGCAAAAAAUGUUAAAAGAAAGGUCAAGCUCUAUCAGUUCCUGCCCCAACUUCACUACCCUCGAAGCCUUACUCUGUAUUUCUCAAAACUUAAAAAAAAAAUCAGCUUCUUAAAAAAUAAGACUGAUUAUACUAAAAGCACAGAAAUGUUAACAUAAUAUUUAAGUCAUGCAGCAGAUACCCUGUGAUUAUAAAGUGCUAUAAGUAUUUCUGGGUAGUGUUUGUGCUUUCUGGAUCUGUUACAAAAAAAUAAAUCACUACUGUGAAUUUACUACUAUGUAACCUUGUGGUCAUAUUCCAUUAUAAAUAAAAUAUAAAUCGUUCUUAAGCCCAUGGCACAUUCUUGAAUGGUAUUCGGUACAGUAGUGAAUUGAGGUAGUUUAGACACUACAUUGAAAUUGCUGCAGUCUUGUGCUUUAACCAAAUGGAUCCUGAGAAAAUUUGAUUUCAGUCGCGUCUUUAACAAAACAUAUUUUGGUCAAAGAAGGAAGAGAAAGGUACUAACAGAUUUGUCAGGUACUGUGUGUUAGGUAGUGUUCUAGAAUACGAAAUCCUAGAAGGCAGGGGUUUUCUCAGUUUUCCUGGUGAGGAAAAGGAUGAUCAGAGAGGGAGGGACACGCCCCAGGUCUCAUGGCUACUAAAUGGAAUUUCAGCUCUAAUGUUGAUUCCAGUCCCUCUGUUACUGUACCUUGAAGUAUGAUCCGAGUGAUGGGGAUAUGGAGGAGGGACCGUAGGGCACUUAACCUUGAAUCUGAGCCUGGGACCGGCAUUCUCGGCAGGUGGAAUCCUGUUUUUUUUUUUUACUUUGGGUUUGCCCCAGAGGUGUGGCUCCAGCGGACACCUUCCCACCCUGCUGGCACAUUUAGGAUUUUCAAUGGAAAGUGCUCGAUAGUCGCCCUCCGCCCAGGAGACCCAGGCCUGCCAGCACCUGGUCCUGCCACAGGCCAGGUUGCAGUGUGUGCAGCUGCCGCCCUUCGCUUCUGCCCCCGCCCUGCUGUCGGGCUGGUGGGUCACCUUGGGCCUUGGACACCUGAGCUGUCAUUCAGAAGGAACUGCCAACCUGGCCUUCUGAGCUAAGCAAGAAUCCUCUCUGUCAACCUGUGCCCCAAACGCUUCCCCUGGUUGGGGUAGGAGAGGGCCGAGCACAGGGAGGUUUACAAUUGGAGGCCUGGCCUCCCUCCCUGACAGGGGUGCUGAGCAAACAGUUUGCAUCCCACUGUUUUUCUCCACAUUUGCCCUCAGGAGUUUUAACAGAACAGCCGUAAAACAAGACUCUGAAAACACAGUUUUCCUCUACUCCAAUAUCUUUAAGUUUCUGUUUAGUUGUGCAUAAGCUACCUUUUUCUCUCCUGCUGUUCACUUCCCAUGGAUGACAGGAAAGGGAAAAUGUGUUCACAUUAUCUCGGCAUUGCUACACAUUAGGAAUUUGGACAAAUUUUCAAAGGGUAGAUAAGAAAAGUAAAACUACUAAAUAAAAUGAGAUUUUCAGACUGCAAGUCUUUUCUUACCAGACUUUGUGUCAUUUCUACUUAGAUAAUAUAAUUUGCUUUGUUUAACUUGUAAAAUAAAUCUUUUUAAUGGUUGUUUUAAAGAGUACAAUAACUGGUACAACAUUGUAUCCUAACGUUACAGCAAAUUUCUGCCUUGGAUGUAGCAGAGUGAAAGGUUACUUGCGAGUCUAAGAGUCUACAACUUACGUCUCUUAGCUUGAAAGCAUCAGUGUUUUGUCUUAGUAGAAUAAAAACACUCUUAUCUUAAGCCUUGGAGACAAAUGUGACAAACCCCUGCCUAGGCUUUUAUCUGGAGAGUGCCUUUGGCAAUUCUUUUGGCACUGAAAUAAUACUUGGGUUAAAAUAUUUGAAUGUACAGUUGUCUGGUUUGUAUUUCCUUCUGUUUAUCUGAGCUUUCCCUUGACCUGAGCUGUCAUUCAGAAGGAACUGAUCAUGUAGGAGUUUUUAAGCCCCACAAAAGCCCAAAGCCUAGGAAAGCUUCAUCUCUGAGGACAAGAGACCGUGGCUCAGGGAGUUAAUAAUGGGACCCAGGCCUGAAUGUGGAUGGCAAGUCCAGUUCAGCUCACGGUGUAGGAAUGGAGACAGUUGCAUGUGAUCACCAUUCCAGGGCUAGGUUCAAAGAUGAGGCAGUUGCUUUUCAUUUGCCAGUGCCUCUCUCAGUUAUAGAAAUAAUAGAAUAUUCACUUAGUGUUGAUCAUCAUUCUUUAAAGAAAAGGAACAUAAAAUCCAAACUUUGGUAAUAAUUCCUUAUUUUUAUAAUGUAUGCACUGUAGGUUUUAGUUAAAUAGCAAACUCCCCUGGAACCUCUAAAUUAUGACAUGGCCAUGUUUGAUUUCCAAGCAGUUGUUUAUUAGUACAACUAUUGUAUAGAGUGCAGGGCACCAGGCAGGGUGAGGGUGGGGGUGGAUACUGGCUCACAGGGGUAGUGAGCAUAACUUGCCUUAUCAUGACCACUUCCUCAGCAGAGAUGCUAGAGAGACCAGAAGGCCUGGGCCAGGCCUCACUUGGAGAAGCUUGUCUGACAGUUGCUUUUGUGUUGAAAAACUUAACCUUCUGAAUUCAGAAUCCAGCAUCAACCCAGAAGUUCAGGGACAAUCUGUGUGAGUGUUCUCUUUCAUUAGUUAACACUGUACUUUGUAACUAGGAGGAACAGUUGUACUAACCAGCCUCUACUCAACAAUCAUCACAUGUGUAUGACGAAGUGUGAGUGUGAUUUUCCUGCAUAAACUGGAUGGUGGGCUCUCUUGGGACAUUUUAAACAUGUGAAUGAAUCAUACUACCAGCAACCAUCUGUACAAGUAUGUUUGCAGACAUGCAUAAUGUGUGUGUGAUGAAAUGUCUUCUCAGUGUAACAUCAGCAACCAUGUUAGUGUUCAGGAUAAUGUAGUAUACCUGAAAUACAAGUUACUUUGUUCCCUUUUUGGGACUCCCAUCCUGAUGAACUGUAAAACAUUUUACAGGUCACAUUUUUUAUACUGUAAAACUUGAAAAAUAAAUUCCAAAUUGUA